AUGAGUAAACGAAAAUUAGAUGCAAUAACCGAAGGAUUCGUCCAACUUUCGGAUACAAGAAGGAAGAAACUUUCCAAUUCCGUCUUUUCUAAUGAUGUGCUCUAUGAAAUUCUUUCCUUCCUCGAUGAUUUUAAAUUUAUUGUCACGACUUGCACUUUAGUUUCUUCACAAUUUGCAAACAUUUCGAAAAAAUUAAAACUUUCCUUGUAUUGUGAAAAUGACAUGAAAUUAAAAGGUCAAUUUUUACAAAAUAUUCAAAGUUUGACAGUGAAUAGAAGGAAUAGGAUAAUUGCAUUCGAUUGCCAGUUAUUUAAUUUAAUGAAAGAUAUAAGUACACUGAAUGUCAGUGAAAACACUUUUGAAAAUGGUCAUUGCAAAUAUAUUGGUCAACUGAAACAUUUAACUAAUUUGGAUAUUAGUAUUAAUUUGAUUGGAGAUGAAGGUGUUGGAUAUUUGAGGAAAUUGAAGCAAUUGACUAAUUUAAAUAUAAGUAACAACAUGAUUGGGGAGAAAGGAGCUCAGUAUAUUGGAAAAAUGAAACAGUUGACUUGUCUUAAUAUUAAUAGUAAUCAUAUUGGAAGUGAAGGAGUCAAAUUUUUAAAGGAAUUGAAAGAAUUACGUACUCUCGACAUGGUUUACUGUUAUAUUGGUGAAGUGGGGGCGAAAUAUUUGAGUGAAAUGAAGCAAUUAACUCACCUCGAUGUUGAAUGCAAUAAUAUUAAUGGAGGAGCUAAAUAUUUGGGUGAAUUGAAAGAAUUGACCUAUCUUAAUGCCAAGUAUAAUAUAUUAGGAGAUGACGUAAGAUAUUUAAGUAGACUUGAAUUGUUAACUGAUCUGAAUGUUGCUAAUAAUGGUAUUAGUGCAAAAGGCGCAAAAUUUAUCAGUGAAAUGAAUCGAUUGGUCAAUCUUAAUAUUGGACACAAUAAUAUUGGUAAAGAAGGAGCUAAAUUUAUCAGUCAAAUGAAAAAAUUAACUUGUCUGGAUAUUAGUUGUAACAGUAUUCAAGACGAAGGAGCUAAAUGCAUUAGCGAAAUGAAGCAGUUGACUAGUCUUAAUAUUAAUUCUAAUAAUAUUAAUAAGAAAGGAGCCAAUUAUAUUGCUGAAAUGAACCAAUUGACUUACCUCAAAAUUCGUUUCAAUAUUGGAGACAAUGGUGCCAGAAAUAUUUUGAAACAAUUACCUAAUCUAAUUGAUGAUUCUUUGUAA